AACUCGUGUCUGUACAGCAGACUGUACACUGUCCCAUCGAGAAACCGGACGGCGGUCACCACAAUGGGCCAGAGCACUUUAAAAGAUGGACAGAUGAAACUUUGUUGCUGUUGACUGGAAAUAAAAUGCUGCCUUGGAAGAAGAAUAAGUUCGACCUAAUUGAGGAAGACAAGCAGUCCAAGCAGAAGGGCUAUGCGGUGAGCCUCAACUACUCCGCGCUCACCUCCUUCGCCAAGUCCUGCCCUGAGAGCGCACUCAACAGGGUGGGCAGCAUGUUCAAGUCAAAGAGGAAAAAGGUGAAGAUCACAAGCGAGGACCCGACAUACACUGUGCUCUACCUAGGGAAUGCCACCACAAUCCAGUCCAAAGGGGACGGCUGCACGGACGUGGCGGUGAGCAAGAUCUGGGGCAAAAGCGAGAUGGGUAAGAACGGCACCAAGAUGAGGCUGACCAUCAGCUCACAGGGCAUCCGGAUGGUGCAUGUUGACGAUAAGGCCAGGAGGCCAGGACACUUGUACUUGCUGCACCGGAUAACAUAUUGUGUCGCGGACCCGAGGCUGCCCAAGAUUUUCGCCUGGAUUUACAGGCACGAGAUGAAGCACAAGGCGGUGAUGCUGCGCUGCCACGCAGUGCUGGUGUCGAAGCCAGAGAAGGCAAAGGCCAUGGCGCUGCUGCUGUACCAGACCUCAGCCACGGCGCUGGCUGAGUUCAAAAGACUUAAACGGAGGGACGAUGCACGGCACCAGCAGCAGCAGCUCAUAGGGGAACAGCCCAUCCCGUUGGUCCCCCUUAGGAAGCUGCUGAACGGACAAUGUUACUACAAACCCCCGGUGGAGCGCAGCCGGAGCGCGCCCAAGCUGGGCUCAAUCACAGAGGACUUGGUAGGGGAGCAGGAGGAGGAGAAAGCGAUGCACUUUGAGUGUGAGGACAUUCUUGACACUGUCGAUGAUUGUGUCACAAACGGGAAACAGGAGUUGUGUCAAAUCAUCAAUGACUUAGGAGAAAUGUGCAUUGGAAACGAUGUGCAGACACUGAAAGCUGACCUCAGAGUCACCAGACUUCUCUCUGGAGAGAGCACAGGGAGUGAAUCCUCCAUAGAGAGCAACCCAGAGCCCCCUCCGCUCACCAACGGGCUCCAGGAGGUAAAGGUGCUGGAAGUUGCCUGAAUUAUUUCAGGCAUUUCUUUGCACCUUUGACGUAUUGUUCUGCUGGGGGAAUGUGUCUCCAAAAAUAUAAUUUCCUGCGUCAACUUUAUGUUGGAGAGAGUUAACCAUAAUCUGUGCCUCCUCGACUAAUUUAGAGGACCCAGAAAACUUUGAGGCAAAAUAAGUCUACUGAAUGAUAUUCGAAGAAUGUGUAAACAGAAACAAACGAAGAGGCCACUGCAUACAGUUUAGAGGUUGAACCGACAAAAAUCCCAGUGCGCCUUAGGACGCACGGCACUAAUUCCAUCUAUUUUACUUAAGAGGAUUUGUUGAAGCCUCGAGCUUGUUUACCUAAUGUUUUUUCUCUUGAAAAAUUGCUUAAGUGCUCCUACAAAUUCCAAAAUAAUAUUGAGUUUUAUCGCACGUUUUCCCCUAAAUGAUUCAGUGGGUCUAAACAUGCAUCCUUAAUUUUCCUGUAAGGAUGCUUUUCUUACAACCUGGUCAUUUUAUUUUUACUUUGCACUGUUGUAGAAGUCAUUCAAGUGUUAUGUUGACUCUGUGUACAUGACGUUUGUUAUGUUGUCUGAAACAUAAAUGUCAUAUCUUUGCUGUGCAAAAGGAAACACAACUUUAUGUAUAAAGAUGUAAAGUAAGAUGUUUUAAGUAUAAAUAUGUUAUUUUUUAAAGAAAAAAAUGUGGUUUGUUAUGUGAACCUCAUAGAAUUAUCAAUAAAAAAGAAAAUGAUUUAAAAUUG